UUCUAGGUACAUUCUUUUCGGACACCAUGAAGAUAGCUGUGUUAGCUCUCCUCGUGGCUUCAGCCCUUGCUGGAUUUGAAGUAAAUCGAGAAAUCGAAGAUCCGGACCUGUUUGAGGGAGACAUCAAACUAACUGAAGGACAAAGAGCAGAACUGGAGACGAGAGGAGAAAGAGCAUCCAUCAACUACAGACUAUGGCCUAAUGCAGAGAUUGUCUACGAUGUUGAAGCCUCUAUUUCUAGCGAGCCUCGAGCUAUGGCCAGGCUGAACGAAGCCAUUGCUGAGUACCACCAGAAGACAUGCAUUCGCUUCAAGAAGAGAACAACAGAGACAGCAUACGUCUCCGUGUUCAAAGGAAGCGGAUGCUGGUCAUAUGUCGGGCGCACUGGAAGAAUGCAGCAGUUAUCUCUGGCUAGUGGAUGUUGGUACAAAGGAAUUGUAAUACACGAAUUUGGUCAUGCUCUUGGUUUCUUCCAUGAACAGUCUCGUCCAGAUCGAGAUAACUACGUGGAAAUCAAAUUUGAAAACAUCCGAGCAGGCAGAGAAGGAAACUUCAAGAAGCACUCUUCAGGUAUUAACUCCCAGGGCACAACAUACGAUUAUGGUAGCGUGAUGCAUUAUGGGUCAAGAGCUUUCUCCAAGAAUGGAAAGCCUACAAUAGUAUCCAAGAAAGCAGGGGUAACUCUUGGACAAAGAAUUGGUUUAAGUUCUAUUGACACCAUCCAACUGAACAGAUUGUACAAAUGCGGAAAUGUUGUCACGCCACCUCCACCAGUCACGUCAGCCCCAUCAGGAGGUUUCGUCUGUGAUUUUGAACGGGAUACCUGUGGAUUUACUCAGAGCACCAGUGACAAGUUUGAUUGGACGAGGCGCAGGGGAUCCACUCCGUCAAGUGGGACUGGACCGAGUGGAGACCACACCACCGGAAAUGGUUACUACAUGUACAUUGAAACAUCUUCUCCCAGAGUCCAGGGUGAUAAUGCUGUAAUCGAGAAACAAGUGACGCUCACUGGCAACGAAUGUCUAAGGUUCUUCUAUCAAAUGAAUGGCAAUGAUGUUAACACUCUGAACGUGUAUGUUGGUAACACAAAGGUGUUUAGCAAGUCUGGUAGUCAAGGGCAACCAUGGAAGGCUGCUGAAGUACGCCUAGCUCAAAGUGGAUCUCAAAAGAUCAGAUUUGAAGGAACACGCGGUAAAUCAUGGCGAGGAGAUAUUGCUAUUGAUGAUCUUUCAAUCACUCGAUGCAGUGGAGUUCCACCCACGCCACCAGUAGCAUCCACGCCACCACCAGUACCGUCAGGUUUCAAAUGCGAUUUUGAGAGGGACUGUGGAUUUGCUCAACGAAAAGACGAUAAAUUCGAUUGGACAAGACGACAGUAUGGCACACCAUCUAGCCAAACUGGACCAAGUGGAGACCACACUACAGGAAAAGGCUACUACAUGUAUAUCGAGGCUUCUUAUCCCCGCGUGAAAGGCGAUAAUGCUAUCAUUGAGAAGAGGGUCACUAUCAGCAGCAACCAGUGUUUGACCUUCUAUUACCACAUGUAUGGUUUCCACAUUGGUACUUUUAACGUCUUUGUCGGAACUUCGAAAGUUUUCACUAAAAGCGGACCCCAAGGGAACAAGUGGAUCAAAGGCAGUGUUCGAUUGUCACAAACAGGAACACAAACACUAUCGUUUGAAGGCAUUCGGGCUAAAGAGUAUUCUGGUGACAUCGCUAUUGAUGACAUAUCUAUCGGCAACUGCGACUCAGUACCAACUCCGCCUCCACCCACUCAGCCCCCUACACCACCAGUUGUCACUGGAACCUCACCUCCUUUAGGUUCAUGUGGUGUCCGUCCACACACGAGAAUCGUAGGAGGCACGGCCGCUAAACAUGGUGACUGGCCUUGGCAGGUUCAGUUAAGAACUACAUCCGGGUUCCCAUACUGUGGUGGAUCUUUGAUUCAUCCUCAAUGGAUUCUCACCGCUACUCACUGUGUCUCUGGGAAAUCAGCAAGCUCCAUCGUCAUCAGGCUUGGAGCGCACAGACGCGUCCAGACUGUUGGCACAGAACAGGAUAUUAAGGUAUCCAAGGUUAUUACUCAUCCUAGUUACCACAAGCCAAAGUCGUACUCUCAUGACAUCGCCUUGUUGAAGCUUGAGAAACCUGCUCUACUCAAUCGAAAUGUCAACCUGGUGUGUCUGCCUGAAACUGACCCGGCUCCUACUGAUGGCAAACACUGCUGGAUCACAGGAUGGGGACGUCUUUCCUCAGGAGGUGCAUCACCAGAUUACCUUCAACAAGUUUCUGUCCCCAUUGCUAGCCGUGCUCGUUGUGAAAAAGCAUACCCAAAUAAGAUCCACGAUUCUAUGAUUUGUGCUGGUAUUGACCAGGGUGGUAUUGACUCAUGCCAAGGAGACUCUGGUGGACCAAUGGUCUGUGAAAAUGGAGGUCGAUUCUUUAUUCAUGGGGCUACCAGCUGGGGUCAUGGCUGCGCGGCUCCUGGCAAAUUUGGUGUCUAUGCUAAGGUCAAGUUUCUCCUUCCAUGGAUAAAAGGAGAAAUGGCUAAGAACUAAAAUGUUCUUGAACUAAAAUAAUUCAAUGAAAAGGGAUGAAGAAAAAUUAAACGUUAAAAGCUUA